GAACUGCAUGUGAGGCGUUCAACUGCCAGCGUUGCUGCUUUUAUAGCAAACUCGCUGCAACCUGCUGACUAAGCACUAACUAAUUUGGCCGAUGAUGAAGACGAUUUUGGCGGUGAUGAGGACGAUUGAGGAUGAUGCUGACGACCUGCGAGAAGAGAGAGACAGCCGGUAGAAGAGUGUAUACAAAUGCAGGCAGGGAGGCAGUAGUUCUCCGUAUCUGCGUCUGCUUUGCCCGGACAGGCCGCUCUAAGGAGCCUGCCGAAACGCUGCGGCCAAGCCUGACUAGUUAUUUUCACUCAGUUAGGCAGUUGACAAAGCCAACCUCGACUUGGUGAUAGCUUCACGCAGAUAUCUAACCAGGAAGAGAGAACCGGCUUCUGGCCUCAGCUCUAAUGUGACUUUCUGCCCUCUCGAUACUCGACCUUCUCUACCGUGCCUUUUAAAAGAAACCGACAACCUGGAGGCGACAUCAGCUCGGAUGGCGGCCAGGGACCGCUUCAGCGCCUACCUGGAGCCACCCGCACAGUCGACGCUGCAGCGGUAUAUCCAUAAUGCAUGCGAUCCCCAGAACUACGAACCGAACCUGGCCCUCAACCUGGAGGUGGUGGAUUUGAUCAAUACAAAGAGGGGAAACGCGCCUCGCGAAGCAGCAAUGACCAUAGUCCAGUUGAUAAACUCCCGGAAUGCGAAUGUUGCGAUGCUAGCCCUCGCUUUGCUCGAUAUAUGCGUCAAAAACUGCGGAUACCCGUUUCAUCUCCAGAUCAGCACAAAGGAGUUCUUGAACGAACUAGUUCGAAGAUUUCCCGAACGACCACCUAUUCGACCGUCGAGAGCGCAACAGAGGAUCCUCGAGUCGAUUGAAGAAUGGAGACAGACGAUAUGUCAGACCUCAAGAUACAAGGAUGACCUCGGAUUCAUCCGUGACAUGCACCGCCUUCUCCUCUACAAGGGUUAUGUGUUUCCUGAAAUCCGCCGUGAAGAUGCUGCCGUUCUGAACCCGAGUGAUAAUCUCCAAUCUGCUGAGGAAAUGGAGGAGGAAGAGAAGAUCGCUCAGUCGGCAAAACUGCAAGAGCUGAUACGGAGGGGGAACCCGGAUGAUCUUCGAGAAGCCAACAGACUGAUGAAAAUAAUGGCAGGCUAUGAUACUCGGCACCGGACGGACUAUCGAGCAAAGGCGGCUGAAGAGGUCUCCAGGGUUCAGGAGAAGGCUAAGCUUCUUGAAGAGAUGCUGGAGAAUUUUAAGCCUGGAGACAAGUUAUCAGAAGGAGACGUUUAUGAGGAACUGGCAAGCGCUCUUCAAAAUGCACACCCUAAAAUACAAAAGAUGUGCGAGGAUGAGUCUGAAGACAACGAGGCCGUAUCGAAACUAUUAGAAAUAAAUGAUAGUAUACACCGAACGGUGCAAAGAUAUAAGCUGAUUAAGGCUGGAGAUGUAACUGCGGCAUCCAACAUACCUAGGGGUACUCUGGGGACGAGUACGGGCGUUAAAAAGAAUGCUGCCAACGAACUAUCUUUGAUUGAUUUUGGAGGCGAGGAAGAACAGGUAUCGGCUGCUUCCAACGGUAGUACGGCUGUUAAGCCGCCUGCUGCUUCCGCCCUUGAGGGUGACUUACUGGGCCUUUCCUUCCAAGACGAACCCCAGGGCCAGGGAAGUGUUGCACUUUCUCUAGGACCAGCUGAAGGCGCUUCAUCGGUUUCGCUUCCAAAGUCGCCAUCAAUGCCUUCUACUUCAACGCCUACGCCUAAACCAUCUGACCCGUUUGCCGCCAUUACCUCGGGAGGGUCAAGGACAUCAUCACCGUUCAAUAAAUUACAGAGCUCGGCUUCUUCAAACGCCGCACCUUCGUCAUUACUAGAUUUAGGUCAGCUAGCAUCUGGACCACCAGCCCCAACCCUACAUGCACCAUAUUCGCCUCAACAAUCCUGCCAAUCCAAACAAGUGACGCCAGCCCAGACCUCUGACGCAGAUGAUGAAUGGACCUUCUCGUCUGCUCUUCCAGAAGAAACUUUACCCUCACAGAAUACCAUUGAAGUUCUCAACACCAACAUAGGAAUAAAAAUGCAAGUGAAACGCUUUCCUGGUGAGAACAAAAUACAUGGCCUUGUGUCAUUCUCUAACAAUACCCCUCACGCUAUUUCAGAACUACAUUUCCAAAUCGCUAUUGAAAAGUCUUAUUCCCUACAGCUCCGGCCUCAGUCCGGCAGAGAUAUUGCGCCAUAUCAGAAGAUUGGAGUUCAGCAGCAACUCCAAAUGGAUGGAGUCCAGCCAGGCAAGGGGAACACGGUCAGGCUUCGGUAUAAAGUGUCCUUCAAGGUUGGACAGGAAUUAAAUGAGAGUGAUGGGUUGGUGCCAUCGUUAGGUAUCUCGUAG